GUCUCUCCUCCGAAGUCCCAACCCUUUCUCCAAUUCUCCCAUCUCCUUCCUCCUCUCCAAAGAAAUGAAAUCCUAGUCUCACCGCCGCAAGCCGCAAGUCACAAGGAGUGAGCCACCGCCGCCGUCCGUCGCAGACAGGGGCACGUGCAGAAGCCUCUCCUUCCAAUCCUAGAGCCCCUUCUACGGUUUUUUUUAUCUCCUUCCUUCUCCCCAAACAAAAACGGAAACCCUAGCCUCACCGCCGCAAGGAGUGAGCCACCGCCGCCUUCCGUCGAAGUCAGGGCCUUCUCUCUUCGUUCCGUCGGGGUUCUCCAAGAACAACCCCUGUUGGCUCUCAGUCUUCGUUCUUGUCGACGUUUUCUGAUCGCAGUGGUCCUUCGAAGGUCAGUGCUCACUGCUGGUGCUUGUUCCUUGUUUGCUUAGCCGCGCUUCUGCGCUGUCCGUCGUCGCGGUCUCGGUCGUGCUUCUGGCCCUCUGCUCCGACUGCUCAGAACAAAGGUGAAUCAGUGACUCACCGACCGGGCAAUUACCAGUUCGAUUCUGAUAACUAUGAUUAAAAUAAUAAAACUGUUACCCUUUUUCUUUUCUCUAAGAAAAAGUAUAGUAUGCUAAUUGCUAAACUUGCAUACUACACAAGAGUACAGCCUCGUUUUCAUAUUUUUACCCAUUGCAAUUUGAAUGAAUUAAACUAGCCCACGUAGCAGAGAGCGGCGUAGGCAAUAAGAGAAUAACGGGUCUGCUACACAUACAAGCAAUAAGGCCUUACAAGUGUUACAAGUCUCCAGCCCACAAACAUUUCACACGCGUACUAAUUAUAUUGAAUGGAGCGUAACAUUCAUGCGUUCCCACUCAAACUGUUACGCUUGUCUUCGCGUAAACCGCCCCUUAAUGGCAGACUCUUCCACUCCUUCCACUUCUCAAAGCCAUUCAGAGAAAACGCAAUCCUUCCAUUUUCGAGCAACAUUCGAAACUCAAGAUAUACAACUCGUCGCUAACAUUCGAAAACUCCAUCAACACACCAUAAAACUCUCGAUCAAGAAUCUCCAGAGAAAACAAAGCUAUAAUACUCAAGAGAAAAUGGCAGCGAGAAACCAACCUGGAAGAAAUCAAACCAAAGACCUUAAGUGUGCAACACAUCUCUUAAGUGAUAAAUUCAGAAACAUGAGUGAGGAGAAGAAAACAAUUGUGAGGGAUUUGGGAUUUGGUGGCUUGAUGCACAUCCCGCCGCUAAGGGUGCAUCACCAAAUUGUCAGAUAGAUUCUAAGGAUAUUGACACUGAUUAAUGUAAAUGUUAUAUAGUCCUGUAACAAAUUGAACACAUGCUGUAAAAAAUUUUUAAUUAUA